UGGUCAAUGAUUGUCCUGGUGUCACAGAAAACACUUGUUUUCUCAUGUCUCCAUCUUGCCAGCUGCAAAGCUAAACUUGGUUUGCUGCCGCGUCUUAUUAUAGCCCACACGGUUUCAGAGAGUCUGUCCCGCUGCCUCGGGUUUGGAAAGCAGCGUGCUGUUACUGAAGUGAAUGACCGCUGCUGUUAGCAGGCUUUUCAGAGCUAGGAUUGAGUUGCUAAUCGCAACAAACUGCUAACCCAGAGUAAGCAGUGGCUGCACAGCGCUUCAGCCUGCAGCCCCGGUGUCAGCUUGCGUGAUUGACCGCCACGUGAAGCCCGAUUUCGGGGAGCAACGCGCUGCAAUGGACCGAUCUGCUACAGUGGAGCACUAUAAGGCAGCCAUGUUGCUGAGUGGUGUUGGUGAUGCUCUUGGAUACAGGAAUCAGCUAUGGGAGUACAACGAGUCAGGACCAGCUAUCCACCAGGAGCUGAAGGAGCUCGGCGGUCUGGAGAACAUCAAGGCUGAGCUCCCUGACUGGCCGGUGAGUGACGACACGGUCCUGCAUCUGGCAACAGCUGAAGGACUGGCGACCGGGAAGACGGGGGAGGAGCUCCUGCAUGAGGUGGCUGCUCGAUAUGUGGAGGGGAUGAAAGAUAUGGAUGGGAGGAAGCCAGGGCCUUCAAGCAUCCUGGGAGUGUCCCAGCUGAAGCCUGGGGAGGAAGGGGGGUACAGAGUGGCUUAUAACCCCGAGGGGACAGGCUGUGGAGCAGCCAUGAGGUCCAUGUGCAUCGGUCUGAGGUAUCCAAAGCCUGACCAGCUGUUGUCACUGGUGGCUGUUGCAGUGGAGACAGGUCGGAUGACCCAUCCUCACCCCACGGGCUUCCUGGGAGCCGUGGCGUCGGCCCUCUUCACUGCGUAUGCCGUCCAGCGCAGGCCAAUCACGACCUGGGGUCUGGGCCUGAUCAACGAGGCCUGUCCGAUAGCGAAGAACUUCGCUCAGGGUCGAGGCUACGCCGUGGAGGAGACAGAGAGAGACUGGGGCUACUUCUGUGACAAGUGGCAGUGGUACCUGGAUAUGAGGGGCAUCUCUAACGGGGUGGGUCCUGUGAUUUGGCCCACUUCCUAUGGCCCGGCAGAGAGAGACGAAGCCUACAAGAGCUUCAGCCUGUCAGGCUGGGCGGGACGUAGCGGCCACGAUGCUCCAAUGAUCGCCCUCGAUGCCCUCCUGGGGGCGGGUUCAAACUGGGAGGAGCUGAUGAGCAGAGCAGGCUUCCAUGGAGGUGACAGUGACAGCACCGCAGUGAUCGCCUGCUGCUGCUGGGGUCUCCUCUAUGGCACUCAAGGGGUCCCUGAAGGCAACUACUCCAACCUGGAGUACAGGGACCGACUGGAGCGCAGCGCCGAGCAGCUCUACGCCUUGUCACACUGAGGCCACUGCUGACUGAGUGUGUCCCAACAUGUUGUGCUGAGGGUGGGGUGGGUUGGGGGAAGUAGGCCACACAUUCUGACACAUUGACGUAGAGCUAGCUGGUGCUCUCAGUAGUACAUCGAUCUAGAGUGCUGUCACCAAGCCACAAAGUGUGGUGUCAUACAUGCCUGAGGGGGAAGCAGUGUCCCACUAACCUAAAGUUCAAUCAUUUCUAACCACAACAAGGACUCAUGAUGUUAGUGCUGAGGUUGGUGUAUAAAGAGGGGUCCCCCUAGUGACCAUUUUAAAUUAACAUGCAGAGUUGUAUCACUGAGCAGAACAAAUCCAAGCUAAUGAGAAUGUGGAGAGAAUAUGAAAAGUCCCCCAGGAGGUAAUUACUUCGUUUUGUCAGACUGACAUAAUCGCAAAUGCUUGGUGAGUUUCAAAUUAAAUGUCCUCUUGUUAUUGUCUUAUGAAAAAUAUAUUUCUUAUGUCUCAUUAUAGUUGUUAACUGCUACUUCAUGCAGUGAAGAGCAGAACUGUAGCUGCAGUACUACAGACAAGUACAGUUAAUGAUAUAAUAAAUUUUAAAAAGCAAA